AACACACGCGGCCGUCGCUGCUUGUAGACAAAGUCAGACGUAAAGUGCAGUUAGCUUUAUCAAAACAAAUAGUUGCCAAUAGCUUCUUAGGAUUACUUACGGGUUGUUACAUUUUGGCAUCUUGGUUAUGGUUGUAAUGUAAAUCGGUUUACAGAUCGACCAAGAUGUAUGAGGAAGAUGAAGAUGCUGUUUUAUCCGAUGUGGACACGUGGCAGGAAGAUCAAGAAAUCGAAGAAAGCGAGAAGGUUUGCCAUUUGACCCAAGAAACCAUAAGUCAGGGGCUCUCAUUACUGUGCCGAACAGGAAAUGGAAUGGGACAUGCAUUUAUAAAACUGAAUCUAAACAACAAAGGACUGCAUGACAUAGCAGCAAUCAGCAGUUAUAUUCACCUACGUUUUCUGGAUGUAUCCAACAACCACCUUACUGAUCUUUCUCCUCUGGCAUCACUGACCCAACUGCUUUGGCUGAAGGUUGACAAAAAUGCUUUGUCAUGCUUCAGAGGACAACCUUUUGCUCAUUUGAGCUACCUGCAGUGGCUGAGUGUGGCCGCAAAUCGGCUGACAGACCUGGAAGGGCUGGUUGGGCCUGCCUUAGAGAGCCUCAGUCUUUCAGGUAACAGUAUUAAGAGAGUGAGUGGUCUUCAGAGUGGCUGUUUUGCCAACCUGGUAACUCUGGAGCUAAGGGGAAACCAGUUGGAUACCAUUGAUAGCAUCAACCUUCCCAACCUGCAGCAAUUAUAUCUGGCCCAAAACAUUAUCAAACAUCUAGAGGGCUUGGAGAAGUUUGAGCGCCUCACUACUCUUCACCUUCGAGACAACCAGCUAGAUACUCUGGGUGGCCUGAACCCCAAGAUGAAGUGUCUCCAGUACCUCAAUGUCAGAGGAAAUACAAUCUUAGAGGUGAGUGCCCUGCAGCAGCUUAGGGUUGUGUCAAAAACACUACGCACUUUGGUCCUUUCUGAGAACCCCCUUGUGGAAACGACAGACUACCGGCUCAGUGUACUGAUUCUUGCGCCAGAGUUGGAGCGAAUUGACAAAGAGCUUGUCUCUCCAGAGGAGAGAGCAGAGGCUUGGGAGAUAAUUAAGGAACUUAAAGAAGAGGAAACUGCUACCUAAGCCAUAAGAUUUGUAGUGAUGGCUAAAACCAGGAAGAGAUUGACUUCCUGAUCUGAGAGGGUGGGUGGAUGAUAGCUAUGGUGUUUUCUUUAUGAAGA